AAGGAAUUUUUCACAUGAUCUUUUCUCCAAAAAAGCCACAGAAUAAACUUGAGUGCAUUAUUGUCUGUUCAACUGGUUUUUUCUUUCUGUAAGAACUAAGAACUAUGGUUUUUUCUCUAUACUUCAAAAUUCCAGUGCCACUCUAUUCUUUUGUUUUCUAUCUAACCUUUCUACCAUGCAUGUUCACUUUACAUAAUGGUAAUGAAACUGAUAGGCAAGCUUUACUUGCCAUCAAAGCAGGUAUAACUGAAGAUCCUUAUGGUACUUUCACUUCAUGGAAUGAUUCAGUCCAUUUCUGCAAGUGGACAGGUGUCACUUGUGGCCAUCUUCACCAAAGAGUUACUAAACUGAACUUGACAUCACUUGACUUAGUAGGUACUUUGUCACCUGACAUAGGUAAUCUUACUUUUCUCACUGAACUAAACCUUGAGUUGAACAAUUUCCAUGGAAAAAUCCCACCACAGGUUGGUGGUUUGUUUGGGCUUAAGCAUGUUUAUUUGACUAAUAACUCCUUUUCUGGAGCGAUACCGAUAAAUCUUUCUCGUUGUUCGAAUCUUGUUGUACUUAGUUUUGGUUGGAACAAAUUGUCUGGAAAGAUUCCAUUAGAGUUUGGCUCAUUGCAAAAGCUUGAGAGAUUUCAUGUUCAUAACAACAACCUUAGUGGAGUAAUCCCAGAAACCUUAGGUAAUCUUUCCUCAAUCAAAUCCCUUUCUUUAUCAGUUAACAGUUUUAAAGGAACAAUUCCUAGUUCUCUAGGCCAAUUGAAGACAUUGAGUUUUCUUGGUUUGGGUGUAAAUAAGUUAUCUGGUGUGGUGCCUGAUGCAAUUUUCAAUCUUUCAUCUCUUGAGAUAUUUACAGUCCCUUAUAAUCAGCUGUAUGGAACUUUGCCAUCUGAAUUUGGUUUUAGUCUUCCCAGAUUGAAAGUUCUAAACAUUGGUCAUAAUUGGUUUACUGGACCCCUUCCAAAGUCAUUAUCUAAUGCUUCAAAUCUUGUUAAACUUGAUGCAAAUGGUAGUAAUUUCACUGGCAAAGUGUCGAUUGACUUUGGGGGCUUAUCGAAUCUUUGGUGGCUGAUUCUUGCAUCAAAUUCCAUUGAUGACUUGAGUUUUUUCAAUUCUUUGAGUAGAUGUAGAAACUUGAAAGUUCUGGAUUUGAGUGAUUGCAAAUUUGGAGGUGUGCUGCCUGAUUCUAUCACAAAUUUAUCCUCAACUCUUCUAUCACUAAGAUUGGGAGGUAAUCAACUAUUUGAAAGUAUUAAUUCAGGAAUAGGAAAUCUUGUUAACUUGACUGAAUUGCAAUUGCAAAAGAAUAAUUUUUCCGAUAGCAUUCCUGAAUCCAUUGGAAACCUUCAUAGGCUUCAGUUAGUGGAUUUAUCUGAAAAUAAACUUUCGGGAAGUAUUCCACCUUCUAUAUCUAAUAUGACUCGAUUAUAUGCACUUCAUCUUGAAAAGAAUGAGUUAACUGGUAACAUUCCCAAUAGUUUUGGCAACUUCCAGUACUUGCAAGAUUUAGACCUUUCUCAGAAUCAUCUAAGUGGCACCAUACCAAAUGGAGUUAUGAGUUUGUCUUCCUUAACAAUUUCUCUUAAUCUUGGUGGCAAUCAAUUAUCCGGUCCUUUACCGAUUGAAAUAGGAGCUCUCAUCAAUCUUAGGAGAUUAAAUUUUUCUAAUAACAUGUUGUCUGGGAAAAUUCCUAGUAGCAUAGGUAACUGUGUAACUUUGGAGAGCCUUAUUUUAGACGGCAACUUCUUUGAAGGUACAAUUCCUUCAUCCCUUAGUUCUUUGAGAGGUCUUGAAGAGUUGGAUCUUUCUCGCAACAAUUUAUCCAGUCAGAUUCCGAGAUCCUUACAGCUGAUUUCCUUAAAAAGAUUGAAUUUGUCAUUCAAUCAGUUUGAAGGUCAGGUGCCAACCGAUGGUGUUUUCAAAAAUGCGUCUGCAAUCUCCAUAUCUGGGAAUGAGAAACUUUGUGGGGGUAUACCAGAACUCAAGUUGCCAAUUUGUCCAAACACUGAACCUAAGGGAAGAGAUAAGUCCAGCAGCAUUAAGCUAAUGAUCCCUCUUCUUUCUGGAGUUCUAGCACUGGUGUUGAUGAUGUCUUUAGUCAUAAUCUUUCGGUUGAGAAAGUCAAGGGGAGAGCCUUCACCUUCUUUAACAUCUUCACUCACAGGGUGUUUUAUGAGGGUAACUUAUGACAGCCUAUAUAGAGCGACAAAUGGGUUCUCUUCUGCCAACUUGAUUGGGAUUGGUAGCUAUAGUUCAGUUUACAAAGGGGUACUUGAUCAAGGUGAAAGAUUGGUUGCGGUGAAGGUGAUAAACAUUGACCAACAAGGGGCUUUUAAGAGCUUCAUGGCUGAGUGUGAAGCCCUGAGAAACAUUAGGCAUCAAAAUCUUGCUAAGAUCUAUACUGCCUGUUCGACUUGUGAUUUUGAAGGUAAUCCAUUUAAAGCUUUAGUAUACGAAUAUAUGCCUAAUGGGAGCUUAGAAAGUUGGUUGCAUCCUACUUCGGGAGUGGAUGCCUCGAAUAAUGAGGUGAGGAUCCUGAGUCUAGUUGAAAGACUAAACAUUUCUAUUGAUGUGGCCUGUGCACUGGAAUAUCUUCAUCACCAUUGCCACAAACCAAUUCUGCACAGUGAUCUGAAGCCGGAGAACAUACUUCUCGACAAUGACAUGACUGCCCAUGUAGCUGAUUUUGGUUUAGCAAAGUUUUUCGUAGAAGCCAUGAGCAAAUAUCGUCCUAAUCCGAGUAGUUCAAUUGGAUAUGCUGCACCAGAGUACAGCAUGGGAGGUAAGGCUUCCGCGUUUGGUGAUGUGUAUAGCUAUGGGAUCCUUUUGCUAGAGAUGUUUUCUGGAAAGAGACCUACUGACAGCAUGUUCAAAGAUGGACUGACUCUUCACAAUUUUGCUAAGAUCGCUUUACCUGAAACAAUUGAUGAAAUAGUAGACCCCAUGCUUCUACCUAGCAGCAGCAGAGAAAAACAAGAGGAGGAGGAAGGACUUAUAGAUCCAGAAGAUUCUAGUUUGAAACAAGCGCAGGAAUGCUUGAUCUCGAUAAUACAGAUUGGAGUUGCAUGUUCGGUUGAAUCACCGAGAGAAAGGAUGGAUAUUGGGGAUGUUGUUAAGGAACUCCAACUAAUUAGAGACAUUCUCCUUGCUUCUCAUGCGAUUCACAGCUCAACCAGCGGGAGCUUGAGGUUUGAAGGGUCUUCCAGUCGCUCUGUUGCUAGUAACUGGCAAAAUUUUACAUCGUUUCAUCUGCCUUGAUAUUUUUGGUGAAGAACUCGAGGCCAAUGAUGCAUUCUUGUAUGAGAUAUUACUUAUGCAGAUUGAAGUUUUACUCGUUAGUUCAGUCAUUUGUUCAUUUGGCCUAAUGCUAGUUAAUUUCGUGUGACUGUUUCUGUCUAGUUGCAGUUGAGAACAAAAACACGAGAUUAUCUCAAAUGCACAGAUAAUUAUAGAA